AUGGCGUAUCCUCAGCUUUACGAUCCAUAUAACCCCGGUUUUCAGCACGAGGAACCCGACUCUGAGUUCGCAGAGUUGACUGAAAAUUCGCCCUUCAACGUUGCUGUCGUCUUGUGUCCUAACUGCAAGAAACAAUACCAAUCAGCCGAGGCAAUAAUUGAGCAUCUAAAUAGUGCAGACUCAUGCUGGCCAGAGAACCUCACCAACAGAUCAAUGCUUCCAGUACUGCAGGCUCUACAGCGACCGCCAGAGCAGACAAACUUAUCAGCAAAGUAUCACCCCACCUCUGGCUACCAUUACAUUCUUCCAGAUCAACCGCCUGCACAAAAUAUGUUUCAAGAAAUGCAAGACCAUCCUCUUCAAGAAGCCAGGGAGACUAAUGUAUGGUAUCCAUUUGAUGGGCUGGGUGAAUGGUCACUCGCGAAAUUCCUUGUCGAGAACCUCUCUCAGACGCAGAUCGACAAAUUUCUCAAGUUAGAUUGGUUCCAGAUGAGAGAGCGGCCGCAAUUCAAAACGAAGGACGAGUUGUUCUUCUACAUGCAGCAGCUUCCUGGCCGUGGGCCGAAAUGGCAGUGUACGAAGCUUAAGCUCAAGGGCUACGAGAGUGAACAACCGAUUCACCUCAUUUGGAGGGACAGGUUGGAGGUUACGAAGCAACUUUUUGCAAACCCCGUUUAUGCGAAACACAUGUGCUAUGACCCGCACCAUAUCUAUCAAGGACAAGAACGCCAAAUUGGAGAAUUUUGGACUUCGGAUGAUGCAUGGGAGAUUCAGGAUCAACUACCGGAAGGGGCGACUAUCGUUCCGAUCAUCGCUGCUUCUGACAAAACCCCAGUUACAAGACACACAGGUGGCCUCGAGAUGCACCCAUUAUUCCUCACCAUCGGAAAUAUCCAGGCCGAUGUCCGCAUGAAGGCUACAUCACAUGCGUGGCGAUGUACUGCGUUCAUGCCAAUACCGACUUUCAUUGUCAACUCUGAUUUUCAAACUCUACUCCAGGCGCGUCUGUGGCACAAGUGCAUGGAUCUCGUAUGUUCCCAUUUGAAGGUCGCAGCUCGUGUUGGCGAGUAUAUGGUCGAUCCCUCGGCCAAAAUCUGUUACUGUUUCACGCCUCUAAUCAGCCACAUCGCCGAUCUCCCCGAACAAUUGAUGAUCGCAUGCCUUUGCAACCGUGUUGACCCAUGGGAUCUCAUUGUAUACGUUAGAGAGUCCAAAAAGCUCCAUCUUAGUGGGGUGCACUUGCCGUACUGGAGAAACUGGAGGUGCUCCAAUCCCGCUAGAUUCCUGACGCCAGAAAUUCUGCACACGCUACACAAAUUCUUUUUCGAUCACGUCCUUAAAUGGAUCAAGCAGAUCAUGGGUCAUGAACUUGAUGUACGGUUCAAGAGUCACCACAAGCGCACUGGUGUGCGCCAUUUCUCUGGGGGUGUCUCUCAUGUCAACCAAAUGACAGGACGAGAGCACCGAGAUAUUCAGCGCACAAUUGUGCCGACGCUGUGGGGUAUCGCAAGCCCUGGUUUCAUCCGCGCUGUGCGGGCAAUGAUCGACUUUAUCUACCUUGCUCAGAAUCCCCUUCACACUGAAUCCAGCAUCGCCUCCAUGACUCAAGCACUUCAAGACUUCCAUGAUCAUAAGCAGGCCAUCCUCGAUGCAGAGGCACGCCAGGGAAAGAGCGGUGCUAAAGACGACUUCUUCAUUCCGAAAUUGGAACUCAUGCAAAAUUUUGCUCGUGUGAUCUCCCACGUCGGUUCGCUCAUGCAGUGGACAGCAGACGUAUCGGAACGUCUUUUAAUUACUCACUGCAAACAUCCGUUUGAACGCACGAGUCGUCAGAGAGACUUCGUCUUGCAGAUCGCUCGCAUCCUCGAUCGGGAGGAGUCCAUCCGGCAGUUCAACCUUUACACACUGUUGUCCUCGUCUGUAUCUACGCCUGGUCAGGACCCACUCAUGAACGCUGUCAUCAUGGAGGACGAAGAGAUUGCUAGUACGGAGACAGAUCCCACCUUUGCUUGGGUCUCCAACGCAAACCCAGCUGCCCAGCUACGUCUACAAGCGCCGCGCCCUGUUCGCAAUCACUUCUUGAAGGGUAUUUUGUCGGACAACGCACGGAUUGCCUUCAAUGUGACUGUGAAAGCAGAUUGCAAUCGCCUUGAUGCAUCUCAACUGCAGUCGUCGUACGACAUCACUGAUUUUUCUCAUGCUUUACACCUCUACGCGACCCGCAAUGGUUGUACACUCUCCGACCAGCUACUAUUCAAUACAUGGUUGAAAUUUCGCAUCCAGUUAUUUUCCGCAUUCCAUACUUGCAGGAUCAUGCCGAGCCAACAAAUUCAUGCCGAGCCACCUUCCAGUAAUUUUCCUAGAGGGAACUGUGACGCCGUAUUAUUUAACCAGAGGGUCGAUGGUCGUAACGAUGCCAUAUUCCAGCCAACCCUCCCCAGAGGUUCUCGUGCGCAGCUCCCCGAGCGCUUGUCUCAGGUGCUGGUAUAUAUCCAGCAUUUUGACUUCGUCGUGCCUGGCCCCGAGCCAUCUACGGGCAUGUGGAUGGUCAGACGAUCUUAUACUCGAUAUUCAGCACAGUCGGAAAGGGUGAUCAGACGCGGAUCCAUAAUUCCUCUCACAGACGUUACGCAUGUGGUGGAGAUUAUACCUGUCUAUCAAGGACCAUUGGGCAGGGACGUGAAUUCUGGGAACUCAAUGGAGACAAAGAGCUGUACCACUCGCUAUCAGUGA